GCUCAGGUGCGGAGCUACGCUGCCCGGGCCGGGCGGGGAGGGGACGAACAGCGGAACGGGCGGGGCGGGGGCGCGGGUGGCGCUGAGGAGGGGGUUACGCCGACGACGUCGGCAGCGCGAGGCCUCGCGCGUGAGUGGUGCGGGCGCUGGGCCUGGCUACUGAGCUUUCGUGGUGGGCGAGCAGCAGCACGUCGACGCCGGCUCCUGGAGGAGCGCGGCGGGGAGGUGUCGGGGUUAGCGGAGUAUUCGAUUGCGGCCCCGGCCAUGGAAGAGACGCAGCCGCUUCCGCAGUCCGAGCUGCAGCUGUGCGAGAGCCUCAUCAUCUGGCUGCAGACAUUCAAUACUGCCGCACCUUGUCAAGAUGUGAAACAGCUGACUAAUGGAGUUGCCAUGGCACAGGUUCUUCAUCAAAUUGAUGUAGCUUGGUUCAACGAGUCUUGGUUAAGCCGAAUUAAGGAGGAUGUUGGUGACAACUGGAGAAUAAAGGCUAGUAAUUUAAAGAAGGUACUUCAAGGAAUGAUGAGUUAUUACAGUGAGUUUUUGGGGCAACAAAUUUCUGAAGAACUUAUCCCUGAUUUAAACCAAAUAACUGAAUGUUCAGAUCCUGUGGAACUUGGGAGGUUGCUCCAGCUUAUUUUAGGUUGUGCAGUCAACUGUGAAAAGAAGCAAGAACAUAUUAAAAAUAUAAUGACACUGGAAGAGUCUGUUCAACAUGUGGUCAUGACUGCUAUUCAAGAGUUGAUGAGUAAAGAAGCACUGAGCUCUCCUGCAAGUGAUGCUGUUGGAGAAUUAGAGCAACAGCUUAAAAGGGCCCUGGAAGAGCUUCAGGAAGCACUAGCAGAAAAAGAAGAACUGAGACAAAGAUGCCAAGAGCUAGAUAUGCAGGUGACUGCACUUCAAGAUGAAAAGAAUUCACUAGUUUCUGAGAAUGAAAUAAUGAAUGAAAAACUUGACCAGUUGGAUGGAUCAUUUGAUGAUCCAAAUACAAUGGUUGCGAAAAAGUUUUUUCAUGCACAGUUACAACUAGAACAAUUACAGGAAGAGAACUUCAGGCUUGAAGCUGCAAAAGAUGAUUACCGUGUUCACUGUGAAGAACUUGAAAAACAACUAAUUGAAUUUCAGCAUAGGAAUGAUGAAUUGACUGGUCUUGCUGAGGAAACAAGAGCCCUGAAAGAUGAAAUAGACGUUCUUAGGGCUACCUCUGAUAAAGCAAAUAAACUGGAAUCAACAGUUGAGAUAUAUCGUCAGAAGCUACAAGAUCUGAAUGACCUUCGGAAGCAGGUGAAAACUUUACAGGAAACUAACAUGAUGUAUAUGCAUAAUACAGUCAGCUUAGAAGAAGAAUUAAAGAAGGCAAAUGCAGCACGUACACAAUUAGAGACAUACAAGAGACAGGUUCAGGAUCUACACAUUAAACUGUCCUCUGAAUCCAAAAGGGCAGACACACUAGCAUUUGAAAUGAAGCGGCUUGAAGAAAAACAUGAAGCUUUACUUAAGGAAAAAGAGAGACUAAUAGAACAGCGUGAUACUCUGAAAGAAACGAAUGAAGAACUUCGAUGUUCACAAGUACAACAGGAUCACCUAAACCAAACAGAUGCAUCUGCUUCAAAAAGUUAUGAGAAUCUUGCUGCUGAGAUUAUGCCAGUGGAAUAUAGGGAGGUGUUUAUUCGACUGCAACAUGAAAAUAAGAUGCUUCGUUUACAGCAGGAAGGUACUGAGAACCAACGUAUUGAAGAACUUCAGGAGCAGCUAGAACAGAAGCAUCGUAAGACAAAUGAAUUAGAAACUGAGCAAAGGCUGAGCAAAGAGCGCAUCCGAGAAUUGCAGCAGCAGGUUGAAGACCUCCAGAAGUCUUUACAGGAACAAGGCUCCAAGUCUGAAGGAGGAAGUUCCAGCAAACUAAAGCAGAAGUUGGAAGCUCAUAUGGAAAAACUAACAGAGGUACAUGAAGAAUUGCAGAAGAAACAAGAGCUCAUUGAAGAUCUUCAGCCAGAUAUAAACCAGCAUGUACAAAAGAUCAGUGAACUUGAAGCUGCUCUUCAGAAGAAAGAAGAAGAUAUGAAAGCAAUGGAGGAACGAUAUAAAAUGUACUUAGAGAAGGCAAGAAAUGUAAUAAAAACUUUAGAUCCCAAAUUAAAUCCAGCAUCAGCUGAAAUAAUGCUACUUAGAAAACAGUUGGCAGAGAAAGAGAGAAGAAUUGAGAUUCUGGAGAGUGAAUGUAAAGUAGCAAAAUUCCGUGAUUACGAAGAAAAACUCAUUGUUUCUGCCUGGUAUAAUAAGAGUCUAGCAUUCCAGAAACUGGGGAUGGAAUCUAGACUUGUGAGCAGCAGUGGUGCUUGCAAAGACACUGGCGCAUGUCCUCCUGCUCGGUCCUUCUUAGCACAGCAACGGCACAUCACCACCACCAGAAGAAAUCUCUCCGUUAAAGUUCCCGCUACAACAUCUGAUUAAACUACAAAAGAAAACAUAAACAGAAGUGCCCUUAAAAUAUUUUGUAUCUUUCCCCUAACAACCAGAUUGAAAAAGAAGUUUAUGAUGCUGGAUAUCAGCUCCUCAAAAUGCAUGAAAUUAAUUUUGCUGGCUAACUUUGAAAACAAAAUAGAGAAUUAGCUAUCCCUCUCAGGGAGCACAUUUGAAUAAUUGGAAGAUGUAAUCAGGCACACAUCACAAACAUCUGUGUUUUGAGAGUAUUGUAAUUUGAAAUUGACUUUGUAUAUUUUAGUGUUUUCAGUUGUACCAGUAACUUGGUUAAUUUGCAAUGUGUAAUCAGUAAUACGUAAUUUUAAAAUAUAUCUACAUUUGCUUUAUUGUUUUGGUCCAUAUAAAAAAUACUCUUAAGGUAGGCACAUGUAGAACUAUACAAAAAAAUGUUAUAUUUUUUUAUUAGAUAUAUACAAGGUUUUACCUCUAUUCUCUAAUUCUGUCAUUGAAUGGGUAUAUUUUGUCAUGUAAUGGAAGAUAUAACAUUUGGAAGAUUCGACUAUUGAAAUGACUUUGCCAUAGUAAAGUGACUAAUUGAAAAUUCUGCAGAUUCAGAAGACGUCAUACUUCCCCGUGGACCUGCUAUAAACAAGUGCUUUUGUACAGCAUGGUUGAAAUGUGAAGUGUGCGGACAUAAACUGACUGUUUAAGUGGUGACUUUGAUGGGGAAAAAAGCUGGGAAAAAAUGUACUUUGUGUGAAACAUCCACAUACUCUUUAAUAUAAUUAAUGAAGAUUACAAUUAUUUUGCUUGUAAGCAUAAAUUUUUCAGGGUUUUACCCCUUCACUGAAAAGAGAUGGUGCAGUGAUGAAACAAUUUGGAAUCAAUUUGAUGUUGUUUACUAAUUAAGGAAUCUGUGGUAGGCUGAGUUUAUGGUAUUCAGUUCAUUUAAACCCAAAGCUCUUUAUUUUCAAAGGUGUUACUUUCCCUCUUUUUUUGGUUAUUUUUAAGAGUCACACUUUGGAAUUUUAAUUUAGUUGAGUAAAAUAUGUGUUGUCCAAUAUUGUAGCCACAAACCAUAUGUGGUAAUUUUAAUUAAAUUAAUUAAAAUUAAAAAUUAAGUUCCUUGGUUGCACCAGCCACAGUUCAAAUCAAAUGCUCAAUAGCCAUGUUGGCUAAUGGCAACAGUAUUGGAAAGUACAGAUAUAAAAUAUUUCCAUUAUUGCAGAAAGUUCUGUUGGACAGUGCCACACUAAAACUUUUUUAUAGUAACAUAGAAAUAUUCAUUGAUGUUAGACCACAAAAGUAAAAAGAAGAAACAGGACAAUUUCACUAUGAAAAGGAAUUAAAUUGUGACAUAACUAGCAUCUUGCUUUCCUUAUAGUUGGAUACCUUAUGUUGUGACGUUAGUAAUCUUUCCCGCACUGUUUAACAACUACAUACCUAUCAGCAGAAGUCUAGACCAGGCAGGGGUCAGCAAGCUUUCUGUAAAGAGACAGAUAGUAAUUAUUUUAGGCAUUGUUGGCCAUAUGAGCAAUAGCAAGUACUCAACUCUGCCAUAAAGUAUGAAAGCAGCAGCCAUACACAAUAUGUAAACCAAAUAGGCGUGGUUAUGUUUCAAUAAAACUUUAUUUACAAAAACUGGUGGUAGGUCAGAUUUGGCCUGCAGGCUAUAGACCUUGGGUCUAGAGUUUAUUUUUAACCUUUCCUUGAAAAUAUGAAUAUUGUUUCAUUAACAGUAUUACUCAUUUAGACACUUGGUUUUUAGAUUGUCUACCAAUAAAUUUUUUUAAUCACUGAAAAUACAAGAAUUUCAUACUGCAUUUGGGUCUCUGAGAUUAGGGAGCAUCUUGUCAGGAUAUUUUGUUUUAUCAGGGUUACUUCUGUUGACUACCUCUUAGAUUUUGAUGUCUUUUUUCAGUACAGGUAUAUUGUUUGUUUGCAUUUUUGUAUAUUAUUGUAGUCUCUGCUUGCCUGUGACUUUUAAUGAAAUGGAAUAAGCCUUUGAAAACAUUUUAGCAUGCCUAUUAAAAUUUUCUAAGUAUUAUGGCAUUUUGGUAUCUUUUGGUCAAUGUAAGACAUCUGCCCUUUGGUAUUUACUACUUGCUUAUAAUUGAGAUUUUUACAAGCUCUUCAGGCUCCCUUUUAAUGGAAUUUAUUGUAAAACAUCAAUUUCAAUAAAUUAGUAUUUUCACAUUUCAACUGCUCAUAAAUUUUUGAUGGUUAUACUAGAGAUUUCUAAAUAAUUCAUGCAAUUUAUGAAUAAAGUCAAAGCUGGAUUCUUUUUUUCUUAAUGGAAAAAAAGCAAAUUUUUUGAUUUACCACUUUUCUAGUUCAUAAGUAGAAUUUAAACUGCUUGAUAUAUGUAUACAAGACAUGUAAUUUAAAGUUCUGUAUUAUUGUGAUUAAUCAUAAGGAAAUUCAGGAAAUGAUCAGAAGUGAGAUUCUUUCCCACAUCUGGUUAAUAUAGUGAGAUUGACACCCUGUGGGUGGUAAAGCAUUAUAACUAUUCAUCAUAAACCAUGAAUUAUACAUGUCUGUGUUGUGAGGCUUAAGUGCAUAUACCAGGGAAGAGAAAUUUAGCAUUCAUUUAUGUGAUAAGGAGUUGAAUGUCCCAGUGAUAAUAAGUAAAAUCACAGAUCAAUUUAAAUAUGAUCUUUAAUUUUGAGCAUUUGCUCUAAAAUUAACAUUUCUUUCUCUUUUUAAAAUAAAAAAUGUAUAUACAUAUGGCAAUGAUGUUUAUCCUGAGAUUGACUUAAUGUAUUGAGAAAUAUUUUAGGUUCACUCUAUUUUUUCAAUGAACUAAUGAUAUAGAUGAAGAAUGACUAUGUCUUGUCUGAAAACAUUAAAUUGGAUAUCCCUUCUUAAGAUGUCAUCUUGGAUACCUGGAGUGCUAAUUUCAAUGUUACAUAAUGCCUGCACUUCUGCACCUGUUUCUGUGUAGUGGCACAUCUAGCUCUGGGGGGUGGCUUUUCGAGCACAAUACUUCUGUGUUAGGUUCUCUAUAUGUAUAUUUAAUGAGAACCAUUCCUAUGUAAAAAUGUGUGUGUAUGGUUGUAUGCAUACAUUCUUACUGUGAACCUGUACAUUGGAAAGUGGUUUAGAAAUUUGUAAAGCGCUAAAGCACAAUCAUUAAAAAAAAUAGCGUGUAGUUAUUAAACAUGAUGUACUUUAAUGUUUAGUUUAUAAAAGGUUCUUUCUAUUUUCUAUGGCAAAGACUUUGACAUUUGAAAAAUGGAAGCAAUACUUGAUUUAUUUUUGUAAGUAUUUAGGAUAUUAUUUUAAAUAAAUGACUGUCCAAUAACAGUAUCAUAGUUGUAAAGUGUUUUAAGUAAAUAAACUUCCUGGUUCUGUGUCU